UUCAAGACCACCGGCCGUUCCGUCCAGGAGGAUGUCAACCUGCUCCACGCCUCCGUGCUGUCCAUGGUGGAGUUCGACGAUGAUAUAUUCGCGGCCGGAAAUUGCUUCGAUUGGAAUGAGCAUCCCGCCCAGCCGGGACUCUUCUGUCCCUUUGCCUACCGCCUGCCGCCUCCAAAUCUCGGAGCGGUCUUCGCCAAGGAUCUGGCCAUGGAGUACCACUAUCUGGGCAACACCUCCGAGUGGUUCUUCCUGGCCCGCAAGAAUGCCGAGAAGGUGAUAGCCCGCAACGAGCAGUAUCUCAAGUCCUUUCAUCUCUACUCGAACCGCACGGAGGAGCGAAUCGAGGACGACACGCUGGCUGUGAAAUAUGAGGAUGGCAGAUGGUCAAAACCCUAUUACGACUGCGGCGGGGGCAACAUUUGGAUGCUAACCUACACGGUGCCAUUCUUUGGCUACGAGAACGGAACCUAUCACUUCAAGGGCACAUCUGGCAUCGAUAUUGACUUGCGGCGCGUGGACAUCGACCAGUGUCCUCAAAGGCACACUCCUGGAACCAAAAGACCACUGAACAUCUUCGCCGGAACGGACAAAUGCAAGCAGCGCACCACGAUGUGCGAGGCCAUCAUGGGAUUGGGCUUUCGGCGUGGUUCCUACAAAUGCCUGUGCCGCAAGGGAUUCUAUUUCCCCGACAUCGUAUCGCAGCACAAGUUCUUCAACGGCAGCCUGCUGGAGGAGGAGUACGAGAAGCUGAUGCUGGGCAAGAACUCCACGUAUAACAGCAACAGCGAGUACGAGUGCCUGCCCUGCGCCGAGGGCUGUGACUCCUGCGAGGACUCCUCGCCCUGCAUCGCCGCCCUCAACUGGCCGAUGCGCACCAGCAUCCUGGCGCUGGCCUGCAUCGUGAUUGGACUCCUGCCGCCGGCAGCCUGGUUCACCUUCCGCUACCAGCAGGUUAAGGUUGUGAGGGCCGCCAGUCCGGCUUUACUGCGGGUCAGCCUUGGGGCAUUCUUCAUUUACUGCACGAACAUAGUGAUGUAUCCCAAUCCCAAUCUGUAUACCUGCACCGCCCGCAUUUGGCUGCGUGAGAUAGGAUUCUCACUGACCUACGGAGCUCUGAUGCUGAAGACCUGGCGGAUAUCGGUGAUUUUUCGAGUUCGUUCGGCGAAGGCUGUGAAAAUCACCGAUGCUGCCCUGCUCAAGAGACUGGGCAUCAUCUGCGGGGCGAUUGGAACCUGCCUGCUGGUCAGGACCCUCGUCUCCCCACCGGAUGUGGUUGUAGGCCGCACUGCCGAUGAUUUGAAGGCCUUCCUUUGCAAGACCGACUGGUGGGACUACACAUUCACAUCGAUGGAGGUCCUGUUUCUGGCCUGGGGCGUUCGUUUGUGCAUUAUGGUGCGGAAGGCACCCUCGGAAUUUAACGAGAGCCGCUUCAUUUCCAUGGCCAUCUACAAUGAGUUCCUGCUCACCUGCUUCCUCAAUGUGUCCAUGCUCUUCCUGCAGUCGCCGGCCAACCCGGACUUGCUGUACAUCAUCUUCUUUUGCCACACGCAGCUGACUGUGACCCUGCUCCUGGCCCUAAUCUUCGGCAGCAAGGUGUACAUCGUGCUGCGUAGUGGCAAAUCGCAUCAGGAGAACAUCGGCAUGGGCACCAAGGCAUCGGGGGCGAAAUUCAAUUUCCGUCCCCAAGUGCGCACCUUUGCCAAUCCCAGCUCGGUGACCACCUCCACGGUCCCGGUGGCGGGCACCACGUCAGCAGAAACAAAGCUGUCCGACCAGGAGGCGCUGGAGGAGAUUCGCCAGCUGAGCAUGCAGCUGCAGCGCAUCCAGGAGAUGGCUCCGCCCAAGGGCGUGGCGGUGAUGACGAUCUCCAGCCUGCUGGACGGCCUAAAGACCCCGGGCGGCCUAAUGGUGGUGGCGGCGGCAGCGGGAGCCACUGCCCAUGGCCACUCGGCCGCCACCCGCCAAAGCGCCCUGCCCCUCCUGGCCCUAAAUGUGGAGAUGCAGAAGUACAGCCAGCAGAACAACAAUGCCAAUGGGCGUGGCAGUGCCAGGGCCAGUAUUCCCACCAUGGUCCUGGAAACGCCCCCGAGCUCCACGCCCCCCUCGGCGGCCUACGAGGAGCGGGCCAUGAACACGGAGCUGAGCGGCGAUGACUUCCGGGAGCAGCUGCUCCGGCGGACAGCCGAUGGCCACAUCAUCUGCAGUCGCUGCCUGGACGCGUCCAAGGAGCAUUACUACUGCUGUCCACCGCGCAGCGCCUGCGAUCACAUGGGUUCGCCCAAGGACGAGGGCAGCCUGAGCUUCGCCAACAUCAAGCUGGAGUGUAUGUGCUCCCAAUCGGAGGACUUGGAUCAGGUUGAUCCUGGCCAGCGCAGCCAAAGGAGGCCCACAGUGCGAACGGCAGCCACAAAUACGCCGCCAACCAGCUGCAAAAGGCAACCCCGCAAUUUAUUGGAGGCCGAACUCAGCAUUUCGUAUCAAAUUUGUGAUAAUUGUAGAAGUAAGUACAAGCUAACUGGCCGCCGGAGGAGCGGCAGCUACUCGCAGGCCCAGGCGAAUCCGCAGCUUGGCCAGCAGCCGAGUGGCCAGCAGGUGCAUCCCAUCCAGUCCCGCAGCAUCGAGGUCCUGGAUCGCACGACGGCAGCGGAAGUUGAGGGCGAGGGUGCCAGGACCAAGGCAGCCCACUCCACGGACGACAUUGUCCUGUACUCCACGGAGAAGGAGAAGAUCCAUGUCCAGGCUCAGCUGGAGCCCGACUCCCUGGCUGCUCCCUCCCUGGGCAAUGUGUCCAACAACUCGAACAACUCCACCAGCGGCAGUGGAGGAACCAGUCGUCCCAAGAGGCCAGACAAGUUGGUCCUGGAUCUGAACGAUCGGUCCAAGUACACCAAAGAGGUUUCCGUGUAAAGAGAAUGAAUUUUCGCCAGCCAGGCAAAGCUGUUCGGCAAAAGUCGAGAAAACACUGUAAGUUUAGCAGGAUAAUAAAUAAUAUUUAUCUCUGAUAUAGACCGAAUUGGUUAUAAUUUUUGUUUUAAACACCAAAUAUUAUGAAUUAUUAUUCAUUUAUGAUAAUAGAAAAUAUACUCAAAAUUUAUUUAUAAUCUUUUUAAAUUUAAAUUGAAUAAUACUUUUUAAAAUGUCUAUUCACAAAAACCUUGUACACCCGGAAAACACCAAUCAACUGACAUUAUCUUAUAUUUACGAACUAUUACCUAAAACCAUAACCCUGCCGUUAUAUUUUUAAAAUUAAAGACUUUAAUAAUUUUUUUUUAGUAUAAAAGGAUAACAAUUUUUUAAGGUAAAAGUUCCAAAAUGUAGGGUUAUUUUUUGGUGUCGUUAGUAUUUUUCAAACGUCUUAAACAUAUUUUGAUAUGUUAAAAAAUACCCAAAAAUAAACACUAUUUCAGAAAAAUAUGAUAUGUUGACGGGUAUGAUUUUGGAAAUAGCCCUUCCAUUGCAACCCAACAUUUUUAUUUUGUAGGCCCUAUAAAAUCAAAUGUUUUCGACUUUAUCGAACAGCUUUUGCACUGGCUGGCAGCAAUCAAAAAUGUUUUAUGCUUAGGCCAGUUGAAUUAUCAAAGACUUUAUUAAAUUAUAUUUGUACAACUAAUUAGUUAACUGAUUGACUUAGCUAAAUGUAGGUAUAAGUCGAACCCAAAAAACACCCGAUUUCAAUGAAGUGCCAUGAAUCCAGGAUUUUUGCGAUUUGCAUUGCUAAGCAAAAUGAUUUGCAACUAUAAUGAGCCCCCGAAAUGUUGUGAAUUUAUUGAAUUUGGCAAACAUCAGAACACGCGAAAGUCAACAACACAUUUUGUUGAAAGUCAUGUGUUUUUGGGCGGAAUAUUAAUUAAAUUUACAUUUCAUAUAUGUAGAUAAUUAAAUCUAAAUUGCUUACUAAUUGAAACUUGCAGCGAGUCAUUUCCAAUGAAAAUGAUUUAAGUACUCAUAAUGAUGAUGGUGGUAAAAUGCAUUUGCUGUUAUAUUUAUUAAGCCAUGUUUAAGUGCCGAUCUAUUCAAAAUGGGAGCCCAACCCCACACACAACACACAAAACACACACUCUCUGUAAAAUAGUUAAUCAAAGUUGAUGUGAACUGUAAAAUACACAUAUCUCCUUUAAAAACUCACACAAUACCUUCCAACUAAAUAUAGUGAAUAAAUAAUUGUAGUUACAAUUAAGCAUUAAUUAUCUGUCGUACACUUAGCUGCAAUAUUAUAAAUAUUUCAAAAUCGAUUAAAUGCUGCAAAUUGCCCACCCCUUUGCCGAAAUAUGAAAUACGAAAAAUUACAUUUGCAAAAUCAGUGUUGUCGCUUGAACAGACGAGAACAAACAGUUGCAUGUAAAUUAAGUGCUGUAGUUAAGCGUUGAUGUUAUUGAGUUGGAAAAUAUGUGCAUUAAAUGCGUUUGUUUAAAGCAAUCCAAUAAAUGGCAAGUCUACUGAAUGUACACCUA